CUUUACAAAAUAGUCACAAGACCUCUCAGCUGAGGUUUAUGUCAUGCGAAAUACUUAUUUCUGAAGAAUUAAUUUUCUCAAAUCUAGUUCUUUCUGAUUUGUGAAUUUCGUUUAAAAUCGUAGCCAAAAUGGCUGAUUUAAACGAGGAAAAUGUGAGCAAGCUAAUGGGUGACGAAAAAAUCGAUAUGAUUGCCGCCACCAGCGUUCUUCAGAUCAGAGCCAGUGAGAUCCGGCAAAGCCAAAUAAAAUGGCAAUCCUAUCUUCAAUCGCAGAUGAUUACCCAGCGUGACCAUGAUUUUAUCGUCAACUUGGAUCAGAGAGGCCAGAAGGAUUUGCCAGACAAGAAUCCGGAGGCUUGCGCUGAGGUGUUCCUGAACCUCAUCACUCACAUCAGCAAAGACAACACCAUCCAAUAUGUGCUUGUGCUGAUUGAUGACAUCUUGUCGGAGGACAAAUCGAGGGUGAAAAUUUUCCGCAAUGCAAAACACGGUAACGUCUGGCAGCCAUUCCUCAGCCUGCUCAACCGUCAAGAUGAGUUUGUCCAGCACAUGACUGCCCGUAUCAUUGCCAAGCUGGCUUGCUGGCACCCUCAGUUGAUGGACAAGAGUGACUUGCACUUCUAUCUGUCCUGGCUCAAGGAUCAACUGAAAAUGAACGCGGAGAAAAUGACUGCCGAUUUAGAGCAUGCGGAGCAGGUUAUGUUGGAGCACGAGAAACAACAUUUCUCCGAUAAGCACUCCAAACCCAAGGAGAAGGAGGGCGAUAAGGCCGCCAACGUCCACGAAAAAUAUUCCAGUCUUUACACUUCUUUUGAUGAGCUUAAGUCCCAUGAGGAACUGCUGCUCAUUCAUAAGAACAAUGACUACAUUCAGUCCGUGGCCCGCUGCCUGCAAAUGAUGCUGCGUAUCGACGAGUACCGUUUCGCGUUCCUGUCUGUUGAUGGCAUUUCCACUCUGCUGUCCAUCCUCGCCUCCAGAGUCAACUUCCAGGUGCAAUACCAACUGGUGUUCUGCCUAUGGGUGCUGACUUUCAAUCCGCUGCUGGCCGAGAAGAUGAACAAGUUCAACGCCAUCCCCAUCCUGGCUGACAUCCUCAGCGACUCGGUCAAGGAGAAGGUGACCCGCAUCGUUCUCGCUGUCUUCAGGAACCUGAUCGAGAAACCUGAGGACCAACAGGUCGCCAAGGAGCACUGCAUCGCCAUGGUUCAGUGCAAGGUGCUGAAGCAGCUGUCCAUCCUCGAGCAGAAGCGGUCGGAUGACGAGGACAUCAUGAACGAUGUUGACUACCUCAACGAGCGUCUGCAAGCCUCCGUCCAGGACCUCAGCUCCUUCGACCAAUAUGCCACUGAGGUUAAGAGCGGACGUCUGGAAUGGUCGCCGGUGCACAAGUCGGCGAAGUUCUGGCGCGAGAACGCGGCGCGGCUGAACGAGCGCGGGCAGGAGCUGCUGCGGACGCUCGUCCACCUGCUCGAGAAGAGCCGCGACCCCGUCGUGCUGGCCGUCGCCUGCUACGACGUCGGCGAGUACGUGCGACACUACCCGCGCGGGAAACACAUCAUCGAGCAACUGGGCGGCAAACAACGCGUCAUGUACCUGCUGAGCCAUGAAGACCCCAACGUGAGAUACGAGGCCCUGCUCGCUGUUCAGAAACUGAUGGUCCACAACUGGGAAUACCUUGGCAAGCAACUGGAAAAAGAACAAAUUGACAAACAAGCUGGAGGUACCGCCGUAGGAGCUAAGGCUUAAGUGAAAUAUUUAUUAAAUAUUGAAUGUUGUUAAAUCGAUUUGGUUUCGAUGUUUCAGAAGCCGACAUAGUAUUAAUGUAAAUAACACGUCUUGUAUUCUCUGAAAGGAACACUUAAAUCUUAUUACUGUAUCGAUAUUUGCAAUUAAAGUGUGUUUCUAAAAAAUUUAAAUUACAAGUUGUGUAAAUAGGUACCCAGAUUUAAUCUAUUUAUUUAUACCAAUGUUAUUGCAUAUUAGAAACUGUAAACCAUUUCUGUUUACUAUGUAAAUCACAUUCCUAUUGCUUGUUGUUAAAUUGAAAUAUAAUAUAAAAUAGAUAUGUAGAGCGUCAUAGAAUUGUGCUUCAACGCCUAAAUAAAGCUCACGAUAUUAC